CACACACACACAACUUAAAUUUAGACUAUCUCCGCUCGGUCACUACCAGUAAAUCGGAUAAGCUGCUCAUGAAUAAGUUGAUGAGCUCCUCCUCACUCCCCACCUCUCCUCCGCCCCCGCUUGUCCCGUUAAAUUCCUCCAGUCAGGCAUCAAGUUCCCCGGGGAAAGGGCGGAGAUUUGGCCUUAAACUCUGUAAUACAAGUACCGAACUGUAAGCAGAGGAGGUCGGACAAACCGACGUGGUUUUACGGAAACCUCAGACAAGACUGACUCUGUGGCUCUAAUUAACGCAGCACUGAGUGGGAGAUGAUUGGCAGGCUGAAAUGACCGGGAAUCCGAUGAUGUCGGUAUGAAGCAGGCGUACCCGGGACUAUAUUAGGGGCUGGUCUGCUCUGCUGCUACCACAAGUGAGCUCGUCUUCAAGUUGAGGUUCAAUGGCAGGGAGGUCGACCAGAAGCAUAAACGGCUCGAAUGGGAGCAGAACCGCGCCGGCCAGGGCCGCUGCUCUAGCCGAUCUGCUGCACUAUGAGUGCUCCACCUUACUGGAACUCUUUAGAAAGAAGGAGAACUUCACAGAGGAUGUGACUGACCGUCGUCUGGUGUCUGUCCCUCCUCCUUCUUCCCAGCUGGAUACCAGAGACAAACUCUGGCGCAUCCACUCGGCGUUGCUACAAUGCAAAAAGUUGCUAGAGACAGCUGUUGCCAAAGAGGAGGAGGAGCUGGGUGGUGGGAAGAAGGGUGAGUAUGAGAACCAGAGGAAGCUGGUGAAAGAAAGGUUGCCGCUGCUCAUACUUAGCACUGGAGAACUCCUCAAAGCUGCUGAAGGCACGACUUCCCUGACUCCUAGUGUGGAGGGCUUGGAGGUAAAUGUCCCAACCGGUCUGCUUGACCUGAAGCUUUGGGUGUACCGGGUCUACAAAGAGGUCAACUACUGGAGCAAGACGGCUGCUAACACCUUGAAAGACCUGCCCUCGGUCAUCGUCAAGGAAGGAGCAAGGACCACGCGGGCCAGGAACAGGAGAAGCACUCGGAGAUGAGAUGGAGAUGUGGGAAGGGUCGAUGAGGAAGGAAAAAGAUUAGGGAGAUAAAUGGCGGAGAUUGGUGAAGGGGUGAAGGUAUUGAGAAGGUAGUUGCAGAGCAAGGGGUCCAGUCAAUGUCAGGAACAAAGUAAAAGAUGGGGAACAGAAAUAGAAACAGCCAGCUGCAAGAGACAGAUUACUACUGACACAGGGAGAUGAGAAAACUGGGUUACUGUUGAUGAACCAAGGCUGCAGAUAUAUAUUUAUUUAUAUAUAUAUAUAUAUAUAUAUAUAUAUAGAGAGAGAGAGAGGAAAACAUCAUGCUGUGACAUUUAUGGCAGAGUGUAGUACAUCUCUAUUCUUUCUUUCUUUCUUUCUUUCUUUCUUUCUUUCUUUCUUUCUUUCUUUCUUUCUUUCUUUCUUUCUUUCUUUCUUUCUUAGUUUAGGCUUACAUGUGCCACUCCUUUGAUACAACUGAAACGAUUUCCUUUGGAUGCCCUGCAGCACACGAAACAUGUGAUCAGCAAUGGGCACAUUUAAUUUAUAUUAGCUGUAAACACUGGGGCUAUCAUAACACGCAGAUCAUUUCUUGGAGAUGUUGAGUGCAUGAAAGAAAAAAUAUGUUAGCAGCACCCUCUAGUGUUUACAUAGUGCAACUGCUUGGAGUCCUCCUUUUCUUUCUUAAUUUCCUCUGUGAUGUUAAGUAUCUUAAUUUAAUAUUAUGUUUGUGGUUUUUUUGAGCACUUUAUUAGCAUGAAAUAAAUCAGUCUAACCUCGUCAAUGAUUCGGGCUCUAAAGCAGGAGUAUAGCAUAAAUAUUCUAUACUCCUAAAAGCCAAAUGUUUGCAAACUCGCGCUAUAAAAAGAAACAAGGCCUUAAAACAUUAAUAGAGAUAAUUUCAUGUGCAACUUUUAUUUGUUUUAAUGCAAAAGUAGCUGUUUUACAUGAUCUACAUGCAUCAGUUGUACUUUACAACAGGCACACGGCUCUUUUUGACUGCGUCUGCAGUCACAUACACAGUAACUGGUUAAAUUGAUCACGUAUCAGAUAGUAUCAGAGUCAGAAGCGAUGCCCAAUUCCUACCUUACCUGUCUGCCUAACCUGGAUGAGGCUGCUAAUUAAAUUAGCCGAAGACUCAGAUUGUCUUUAAAGAUGUAUGAAGGCUCGGGGUAAGAAACAGAGAAGAUAAAGUAAAUGGGAUCCUUUAUAGGGAAGUCUUGCCUAGAUAGGCACUUAUCCAUAAUGAUGUGGAGGAUAAAUUAGACAGAAAGGCUGAUGGAAGAGUUUUAGCAGGUAUUUUACAAAAGCACUCUUUUUAUUCUAACGACAAGGGCACCAUUUAUAUUUCAACUUUUUAUAAAGGUUUUCUUCGCUUGGCUCUGUGCUUGCUGUGUUUAGCAUCUGUGGGCUGGUUAACUGACGGUAGGUGCACUGGGAGUAAACAAGACCGUGUGAUGUUCGGGGCACCUCGACUGUUCACCGGCUUUUUUUCCAACUACAUUUUUGCACCGGAAGGAGACCUAAAUGCAUUUGGUCAUUUGAAGUCUGAUUAAUUUCGGAGAUGAAAUGUUGCCCCUGAGAAAAUCAGACUUACUCAAGCUAUUGGCUUCAUCUGUUACCCGCACACCAAACAGCACAAAAUCAUUCUGAUUAUCUGCUUUGGAGUUUCAGCAGUGUUUUUAUGUGAUUCACUGUUAAUGAAAUAUGGCUGCUGUGUACACUGUAUGGGUUGGAGAUGUAGUUUGUUUCCUCUUGCUCAUUACUCUGUCAUUACUGCUGCUGGAGCUCACAAGGCUGACUUUUCUUUUCAUUUAUUCUCUGUCUCUCGUUCUCAGUUCUUUAAAUUGUAGAGGUUUGGUUUGAAGUAGACCAAGAGCCAUUAGAGGUUAGAAGAGGUGUAUCAAAUUUGGCCAAAAACUAAAGAACGGGAUGUAAUUUAAAAUUUAGAGUCCAGUUUAAAUAACGCAGUCCUUGCGAACAGUUCUUUAUAAUCCAGUAUAAGAAACUGAGUAAUUGCAAAAGCUGCCUGCUGGCUUUUCACAGUGAAAGAAGGCUCUAGUUAAGGUUGGUGGCAAUGACUGUGUGGCCUGUGCCUUGAUAGCUGAAAGGGAAAUAGUCAGUUUAGGCAGCACAUUUUAGAAAGUAUUACACUGACUUCAAGAUUCAAUGGCUUCAUAUUUAAAACUUUUAUUCUGUCUGUGCCAUUCCUAAUAAUCUGUCUGAUAUGGUCUGACAUACCACUACAUUUAUUCUUUCCUUUGCUAACAUUUUCAUGGAAAGCACCGCGGUUACAUUCCUCGCACACCAAUUGUUUUGUUUUUGUGUAUUCCUAAGAUUGACUGAUUUUCGGUUUUACACUUUUAUCAGUGUGUGAUCUUUACAAAUACAGUUUGUCACACCACAAGGCGCUGUCUUUCUUUUUUAACCUCUGGGGAAGACCAACUGAGCUACAGACAAAUAGGUUAAAACACAAAGGGAGGAUCGGGUUACCAUCACGGCUUCAUACACAGCAAACACACUGUAGCAAUAGUGCAUGCUGUAAAGAUUGUAGUAAUAAAGAAUGUAUGAUUAAUUCCA